AUGGCUGGGAAACUCUUCAAUAUAGGCAGGAGGACAUCGAGGAAGGAUAAGCAGGACGUGCAGAGCAGCUCCGAUACACCGGACGCUGAAUCACAGGGCUCAAGUUCCAGGUUUGGGCAAGGUGAUGGCGAUAGUCCCAAUGUUGUGAACAACCCCGCUGGCCAAAUACCGGAGGACACAGCGUCAACAAGGUUUUCUGACAAGUCCUCAUCCAUAUUCUCAAGGGGGAGAACCGCAAACGCGUCUAGUAAGAACUCGUCUAACAUGUCGGGGGCACGGAGUGCGUCUGGCAGUUCGAAAAAAGUUUUUGGAAACACGUAUAACGAUCUGGGGAAACCUUUACGUGUAGUAACAAAUUCUGAACCAUUUGGCACUCUCAGCACUGUUUUAGAGGAGAAAUCAAAGGCAGAUUUUGCCAAAGAGAACUCUGCGAGAGCAGCAAUGACAAGUACACAUGAAAGAGAAACUUCCAGCUUACCAGAACGCGCUGCGAACUCCUGCCAGCAAGAGCUAUUUCACCUAGAAACAAAUCUGAUGGAAUUAAUGGAUGACGUGCACCAGAAUGUAUUAAACAUCUCAAAGGCAAUAAUCUUGGCUAUUGAAUUCUUCAAGGAUUUUUUGUCGUCUGGAAGAGUUGUUGUAGUUCCCAAUAUCAGCUCCGAAAACAGUAGUAACCUGCGAAAUAUCUCCAAAAUAGUCUUCCAUUUCCUAGAUAACCUAUUGGUAUCCGACGGAUUCAGCAACUCUCGUUCUAUAUUGCUGAAGAGGUACGUUCAAUUUUUGAAGAAGUUGAACAUAGAUCCCAUGGCAGAAAGAGAACCUGGCUCCAACACAUUACCAUAUCUAAUGAACUUCUGCAUUGACGAGAACCAUACGUUGCCAAACACAAGCAGACUAACAAAACUUAUGGAAGAAAUACUGAAAACUGAUUCGAGCAUAAUAUCUGACCAAACUGGGGCAUUCAUUGCUCCAAUACGAAGAGGGUUAUGUCAAAGAGCAUCAGUUUUGAGUAUAGUGUUUGGUAUUCCUAAUCUUCAGCAAGAACACUAUGAAAUGAUAAAGGUACUGUAUUCCAUGUAUCCAGACGUCCAUCUGUAUUUGACCAAGGAUUCGAUAAAACCGUGCGCGAAGGUUCAGUCACCGUUGAAUAGCUCAAAAUUUCAGGAAGGUAUACAUGGGGACCAACUGAGUCAAACAGCAUUGAAUGACUCGUUUGGAGCUGGCUUUUCCCCUCCAUACAGGAUAGCUGAAAACCCUUUAUCCCCACCUAUCUCCAUGUCGAUAUCAACUAUGGACAGCUCUCAGAUGACCGGUACCCUCGGAGGGUAUGUGUUCCCUCAGAUUGAUAAAACUUCUAAAUUUUCUGCAUUUUCUGGAGCAUCGUUUGCCAUUACAAGCGCACACGUCUUAUUGACAGAAUCGCAAGAUUAUCAAGAUGUAAGUGUACCUUCAAGCGUACUACAGAAGGCUUAUUUAGCUACAAUCCUGAAGGAGUCUAAGAAAUACCCUGAAAACUCACAAGAGAGAAUGGCUUUUGUGAAAGAAGCUCAGAAAAUUAAAGAACAACUUAAAUGGCACAAAGAAAACAAAUUUGGCCAGAUCGUAUGGGGGGAAAGAUCAAUGGUGAACCAGAAACUCUCGGAUAUUUCCAUCAUAAAAGUUAAUCCAACAUACAAGUGUGAAAACCAUAUCGGUAACAACGCGAAAUUCAUCAGCGAUCCUACCCUAAGGUUUCAAAACAACUAUGUUAAGAAGAAAAUCAUGAAGAUAAAAGCAGGCUUGAAAGUGUUCAAAAUAGGUGCGUCCAGUAACUACACUUCUGGUCAAGUCAACGGCACAAGGCUCGUUUAUUGGGCGGACGGGAAACUACAGUCAAGCGAGUUCGUUGUAGCAUCGCCGUCUCCUCUCUUCGCUGCAGCUGGUGACUCAGGAUCCUGGAUCCUUGCCAAGUCAGAAGAUCAGUUGGGGCUUGGUGUAGUUGGAAUGCUACACUCGUACGACGGUGCGAAUCAACAAUUUGGCCUCUUCACUCCGAUAGACGACAUUUUGGAACGAUUGCAUGAUGUCACGGGAGUUCAUUGGGAUAUUGAACCCGAACUGGAUUAA